AGAGGAAACGAUGGAUUCCUUCAUUGAACUUCAGGUAGUUGAGUUAAAACAACAGCUGGAGGAGGUGAUGUGUGAAAGAGAUGCUUUGAGAAAAGAGUUGUCAGCUUUCAGAGCUAAGCCCUGUGGUAUGCAGGGUGGUUUACCAUUCAAUCAGUUAUCUGCCAGUACAGAAAUAGAAAACAAAAAGGAGUUUAAAGUUGAUGAGAAACAUGAGGGUCCAUUUAAUUGUGGAGUUGUAGAACUGCUUACAGAAAUGAACACUGAAUUAGAAAAAGAGCUUGACAAAAUAAAAUAUAGCGUGAUGAAGAUCAAUGAAUUGUCUCCCAUUGGAAAAUGGCAGUGCCCAGAAAUAAAACAACAUAAUCUGACUCCUGUACAGAAUGAAUCGAAAAGAAAAUAUUUAAACUUUCUAGAUGAUGAGGUGAUUCAGGAAAAGCCAAACUUAAAGAAUAUUGAUGAAGAAAUGUCUAGAUCUAUGUUUAAUCUUCAUCUGGAGUUCAUCAGCUUGAAGAGGAUUGUUGAAGAGAGUUUGUUUAAAAAUAAUGAUCUUCAACUCCAGUUUUUUAAAUCACUGCAGAAACAAAACAAUAUUGCUGAGGUUAAAAAUAGUGGUCCUAACCCAGAAUUUGACUUCAUUUCAUUACAAAGUACACUUUUAGAAAAGAAACAAGAAAACAGUGAUAUGAUAUAUUUGUUUUCAUUACUUGAAGAGCUGAAGAUAGGGUCAAGGUUAUCAAAUAUUUUAAGACAACUAGAGAUCAGCAUGAAGGAUAAAGUGCAAUUAGAAGAAAAACAUUUUUCUGAUUUAACCCCAGUUGGUGUAGUAGAUGCUGCCAAACUUUUCUCAAUGUUAAAAGAAAUUGAUAAUAUUUGCACACAGCUAGAAUCCAAAGCUUUGCUCUUAAGUGAGAUGAGAGAAAAAGAGAAUGUCACUUUGUCAGAAAUGGCCACCCAGACAGAGGAAGAUUUAAGCCUGUAUGAGAUCAACAUAACAAAAUUAGUGGGAACUGACCAGUACAAUCUGGCGCACUUGACCCUGUCUGAUCCCCAAUCUGAAGCUGAUGUGUUGAAUGAUAAUGUGUUUACAAGGCUGCCUGGUGAUGGUGUGGGAAUGGACAAUGUAUCCCAUAAAUCAAAGCAAGUUUCACUGGCUACCAGGCAACCCUUGGCCAAGUAUUCAGAUGCUGGUAAAAACAACAGAUCUUCUAAAAGAAAAAUUAAACAAGUCAGUUUCACCUUCCCUUCGAUCGAACAAUUUUCAUAUAUUCAUCCUAAAAAAGUGUACAGUUUUCUCACGUAUGUUCAUCUCUCAGACACUAGGCAUGUCAAAAAGUUCAGGCGUUUGAAACAUAAAAUUGUUCACAACCAAGAGUCCAAUACCAAAAGUCAACCUAGAGGCCUAUUGCAAGAAAAUCACUUAAAUUCAGUGACAGAAGAUAAGGCUGUUGAAAUUACCAGCGAGUUAAAUUUAACAGAAUGGAACAUCAUCAAUGUAGAUGAAAGAGAUGUUGAAUAUAACCACAGAAACAACACAACUACAGCCACUUCUCACCAAGAAAAUCUUACUCAUACAGAUCUAACUAAGCCUGGAGAAUUGGCACCAAUGCUGUCUCAACCAACCUCAAAAAGGUCUGGUAUAAGAAGGUUUUUUAGCACCAAAAAGAAAAAAGAUGCAAGCCCAAAAUUAGAACAUGCUGCUCCACAUUAUGAUUACGAUGAUUUGUUUUUCCCAUGGCCAUCACUGUUAUUUUAUUUCCUGGGUGGAUGGUGACAUAGUACAUAGAUCUGAGUAGAUAAAAAAGAAAAUAGGACUGGGGUAUCUGGAGGCUCUCAUAAAAAUAGUGUUUAAAUAUUAUUGGAAAAUUGUUUUAAACUUUUUUUAGUUUUAACAAGUCUCACAGAUUUUUAGGUAAUUAUUUUCGAAAGUUUUUUUUUUUGUAUGCACAUGUUAAUAUUGAGAUACAGGGGCUCAAAUUAUAUAGCUUGGUUAACAAUAUGUAAGCAAACCUUAAAAAUGACAUGCUUAUGAAUAUUGUGAAAAGAACUUCAAAGCAUAUCUGAACUAUUCUACUCUUGAAUUUCAGCAUAAUUUAAUGUUUAGAUUGAACCUUAAAUGUUUUAAAUGUAGGCAUUGGUAUAAUUUGUAAAAAAAAAAAUUAGCAUUAUUUUAACAGAGUUGUUUUAAUGUUCAAUUUUAAUUUGCCCUUGUUUUUAAAUUAUGCACAAUAUAUUUUAGAAUUUUUUAGACAUUGAAAUGCUUUAGACAAUUGAAAGAAUGAAUAGUAUUGUUCAUGAAUUAUUCCUUUUUUUAGGCCUGUAUUAGUAUAUUUUAGUAUUAAUAUUUUAAUUUAAGAUGUAUUUGUGGUAAACAACUUAACUGUAUUAACAUACGUUAGAUGGCAAAUAUUAAAGCAAUUCAAUGUGAUACAGCACAAAUAAAUUCAAAGUACAAGACAGAAAAUCCUAGAUUUUUUAUUGUUUGUGUUUACAAAACCAUUCCAAUCACAAACAAGUUCCAGCUGAUUGCAAAUCUAUAAUAACUUGGGAUGAGUGCUAGAUCUAAUAAUACUCAUUGAUAUCUGUUUAAAAAACAAUACAUCACUAACAAUUACAUAAAUAACAUGAUGCUACUCAUCGAUAUCACUAUUAAAUUAUAUUCUCUACGUAGCAAAAGAUCAGGUAUUUUUACAGAGAAAGUGUAAGAUCUGUACAUUAGAAAAACUCGUAUGAUUUUAUAAGGGAAGCAAAAAUCUGAGUGUUGGUAAACCAUAAAUAAAAAUAGAAAUUAGGAAAAAUAAUAGUUAAAAACUGUUAAAAAUAAAUUAAUAUUUACACUAAUUUCAUAUCAUAAUUUAUGAAGGUUUUUACAAAUGUACAUAACAAAAAUGCAUCCGACUGCAACUCUAAAAAAACAAGUUUGAGACUAGCAAAUAAUACAUAAUUUACUUUAGUAGUAUCUGGAACUAAAUAUAACUUGAUUCAACCCCAAACAUCAUACUUUAGUUGAGCAUAGUUUUUAAAAAAAACUUUCAAAAAUUUACAGUUAAAAUGUUACCAAAGUUUUCAUUUAAACGUUUAAAAUAUACAGUAGCCAAAAUGCUACUUAAGUUCUUAUAAAACUGUGGCAUCUGAUUUUCUAUACUGUACAUUACACAUGCCAUUUACAUAAAUCCAGAUUAUGGCUCUACUAGAGGUCAUUGCUAUUUACACUGUUAAAACAUCUGUACACAAAUAUACAAAAACCGGUGCUGCUUGUUUAUAUGCCUGUUUCCAAGAAGUUUCUUAUUCCAAGAGGCUUUCGAUUUUUCUGCAACAGAUUGAAAAAUGUGUAGAAGUUA